AUGAAGUUCGCUGCCAUUGCCUCCGCUGCUGCGCUUGUCGCCGUCUCCAACGCCGCCUCGUGCGACGUGACCUCGCUCCAGACGCUCCUGACCUCGUCGGACACGACCACGUGCGCCACGGACUCGGGUUACACGGUGACCUCGCUGGCCACCCCCACGGACGCCGAGAUGGCUGUCAUGUGCACCAGCACUGCCUGCCAGUCGGUGCUCACGCAGCUCCAGACGCUUGCCCCGUCAGAGUGCACCCUGGGCACGUUCGCCCUGUACGCCGACCUGAUCACCCCGCUGACCAACUACUGCGCUGGCGGCACCUCUGCCGGUUCGUCCACCGGAUCGUCGGCCACCACCGCCACUGUGGGCUCCACCGCCGGCUCCAGCACCUCGGCUACCGUGACGGCCAGCUCCACGGGAUCGGCUGACUCGACCACGCCUGCCACCUCGACAACCUCGAGCGGCUCCAGCACCUCGCAGACUGCGACGUCCUCGUCGUCGGCUGCUUCUACUGCCGCUUCGGCCUCGACCUCGGGCAGCAGCGGCGCCAGCAUGGCUGCCGUCUCGGCCGGUGCCGUCCUGGCUGCUGUGGCCGCUGCUUUCUUGUAA